UUUCCUAGAAGCCCUUGCACUUUUUGAGCAUGCGUUGUGAUCUCUAAGGAUCUUUUUUCUGGACAGCGGCAAUCCUUAUGAACCAAUGUUAUGCAGCUGGUGAAAGGAGUCAUGGCCAUUUCUUCAUCUUGAUGCCAUCUAGCUACGUAGUUACAUUGAGAUUCCAGUCCCUGUUCAACAUGAUCUUUGAUUUUCGUUUAGCACUCAUCCAGCUCCAUGUGUCUGCUGCCAAAACAGAGAACUUGAACAGAGCCUGUAGACUUGUGAGAACUGCAGCAGGACAAGGAGCAAAAAUUGUAAUUCUGCCAGAAUGCUUCAAUUGUCCCUAUGGCACAAAAUAUUUCCCAGAAUAUGCAGAGAAAAUUCCUGGAGACUGCACACAGAAGCUCUCCAAUAUUGCAAAGGAAUGUGGUAUAUAUCUCAUUGGAGGUUCUAUUCCAGAGGACGAUGCAGGAAAAUUGUAUAAUACGUGUACAGCUUUUGGUCCUGAUGGCACUAUGUUAGCUAAAUACAGAAAGAUUCAUUUGUUUGACAUUGAUGUGCCUGGAAAAAUCCGAUUUCAGGAAUCAGAAACUCUGAGUCCGGGUGACAGGUUUUCUGUAUUUGAUACACCAUACUGUAAAAUAGGAAUUGGCAUUUGUUAUGACAUCCGAUUUCCUGAGCUAGCUCAAAUCUACACCCAGAAAGGUUGCAAACUCCUAGUAUAUCCAGGGGCUUUUAACUUGACAACUGGGCCAGCUCACUGGGAACUGCUGCAGAGAGGCCGAGCUGUGGAUAACCAGGUCUAUGUAGCAACUGCAUCUCCUGCUAGGGAUGAGACAGGAUCUUAUGUGGCUUGGGGACAUAGUACAGUAGUAAAUCCAUGGGGUGAGGUUAUAGCCAAAGCUGGCACUGAAGAAACAAUUGUCUAUGCAGAAAUAGACUUAAAGAAGGCUGAAGAAAUCCGUGAACAAAUCCCCAUUCUUUCUCAGAAACGAUCUGAUCUUUACGCUGUUGAAGCAAAAAUUGUAUGAUUCUAAUUUGGACUGACACUUUUUCUAAUAGCUAUUACUAGCUAAUUCAGUGUAAUAAACUAGUAAAUCAAGUUUAUAGAUAAUUAAAAUUAUCUCCAUAUAA